UCAGCUACUUUCGACUAUCAAAUGCGAUAGUCUUGUCCAGCCCUGAAAUUGUUCAUAUUAUCGAUUUUAAAUAACAUUGGCUCAAUCUAUUGAUAAUGUAAGGCGAUAAUUUUCUCCAUCCCUGAGUAUAUGUAUGUUAUCGUUUGCCAUUCGCAACGGAUCGCGAUCGUCGAAAAUUGCGCGUUUUUCUCUUCGGGUUGUUAUUUAAAAAAUUUGUUAUUAAUUAAAGUGUUUAAAAGAAAUGAGUUCUCUUAUUAAUCAUCUGUCGGAUGGUUGUGUGAAUUUCGAAAAGUGCGGCGAUGUAGUCGUUUCGCCCAAGGACAAUAUGAUCGGAGUGUUUUGCCAUUUCUGCUGUGACAUAUUCACAAGUCUGUUACAAUUUCUGCAUCACUUGCAAGAUGCACACAACGAUGUGCUUGCAUUCACAAAGGCGCAUAACGUGUACACCGUGGAGCAGCUCAUGUCCCUGCCGGACAGAUCGUCGCCUGUGCAAUCACAGGAUGCAGAACUGCAAGCCAAUUGCAGCAACAGCAGCGGCGAUUCUGGAGUCCCAGCAGAAUCAAUUCUCGCUGCGAGCGAUGACGGUGUGACUGCUUUGAAUGAGCAUAUAAAAAAUGCCUUGGCUGCUUAUGAUGUUAAAUGCUACCCUUUAAAUGAAGCAACUGAAUUAAUAGAAUAUGAAUUGAAAGUCCAAGAUAACCAGCAACAUGAUGUCAUGUCCACUAAAGCAGAGACGCUAAUCAAUUCCACUGACACCAAAAGAAACAACACAGAAGAUCAGCGCCAAACGGCCAAGUCAAAGCGUAAUAUUCGCAUACAGGAAGCGGGAAACAGAAAUAAAUUCAUAAAAAGAUCACAGCCCCUUUGUAACCCAAAGAGUUAUGCGAUAGCUCGAUCUGCUCGCAAGCUUGAGCAACAACAGCGACUCUCCAACAUCAAGAGUCGCAUAAUUCGUUCGCUGGAGAGCGACGAAAUCAAGACAAUUCGCCAACCCUUUCGGGAGCAGCAACUUAACGAGCAACAGAAGCUACUGAAGAACAAGCAGCACUUAAAGAAACUUGACAUAACUAAACUUGAAUCUGGGGCAGCUAUUAAGAGCGAAGUAAAGAAUAAUUCAAUGAAUUUUUUCCAUAAUGACAAUAAUAAUAAAGAUGAAGUUGACUUCAAUCCGCCAAAGUCUAAUAAUAUAAUAAAGCCGGAUAAAAUAUCUAAAUGUAACAGUUUCACCAAUACCAAACGUACAAUUUCAUCUCCCAUCAUUAUAAACAAAAUUGAAUAUUUGCCAAAGCUGGUUUUGAAUCUGAACAAGAGUCAUUCAACUAAAAUAAGUUCACAAGAGCAUACAGCGAAAUGGAACAAUGUAGUUAAUCAGAUGGAAAAGCCAGAAAAUGAGAUCCAAAUACCACGCCGAAGAUCUUCUCUUACUGUCGAAUCCAGUCCGGCUAUGGUGACAAAGAGACCAGCCAGAAGACCUUCAUAUUCCGCUGCCAACAGUCGUCAAACCCAGAUGCAGUGUGUUAAACCAGAAACAAAGCAAAAUAAAAGAAAACAAUCAUCAGCAAAUAUUUCAGAAAUUGACAAAAAGCGAACAAAAACCAAAGACAACUCCAGAGGAUCUCUAAAUUUUGAUCCAUCCGACAGCGUUGUUGAGUUUACACAGAAGGACUUGAAAACAUCGCAAAUAGACGCUGAUAGUCUUGUUCAAUUGGCGGAUCCUCUAAUGGAGCGUAGCAGCGAUCCAAAUGAAUCAAUUCUCAAUCAAGUUGAGAAGAAGAUUCUAACAGCAACGACUGAAGAUGCGAACAAAUUCGAAAUUAAUACGAGAGUCACGACAAUAAUACGCAAUGAUCUUACACUUCUUGAAUUAGUUGGUCUGCCUAUUAUUAAGGAUCCCAAUUUUGAAGACCGUGAACCAGUAGAGUAUUCCGAGGCGUUACGUUUAAAGGCAGUUAAUUUCAGUAAAAUGUUGAAAGAACAUGGCACGGUUUGGAAUCCCAAAAGACAUAGGAGUCAGUUCACUCACGAGAUCCGGAGAGAGCUGAUACUCCUCACAAAAGAAGUCAAUGCCAAACUUAAGGCCAACAUAAGCAUUGCCGAACUAAAGCGCAUUUUGAAUUUAAUACAUGCUUGGCAUGUUCAGCAAACCAUUCAAAAAUUCUUCAAAAAGGUUACACUGUCCACGACUAUUGAAUACUAUCUGCUGCUGUUUGGAUUUCUGCCAAUAACAAAAGUCUGUCUGUAUUAUUGUGAAUGGUGUGAGGAGAUCACCGGUUGCAAAACGCACUACGAAAAACAUCGAAUGACCCAUCAGGGUACUUUCUUUUGCCCACAUUGCAAGAAGGGCUUCUUGACACACGGUCGACUUGUCGGUCAUGUUCUAAGCACACAUAGCAAAGAUAGAGAGUCCAUGGGUCUCAAUUAAAAUAAAUCGAAAAUAAUUAAAUUAACAUUUUUAAGACAUAAGAUCAGUGAUCAUUUCCAAAGACUGCCUCACUCCUGUUAUAUUUAAAGAGUGUUUAACCAGCAGUUGAGUUUUUUGUUUAAUAUUAAUUUAUCGUAAUAUAUUUAACAUAUUCACCCAAUUUUUAAAGCACUCACUGCUUCAGACUUUCAUCAAGUAAAGUGUGUUAGACCUGCAGUUGAGUUUUUGUUUCACAUUAUUUAAUUUGAUUUAAUAUCAUAAUACUUUUUAUAUAUCCAGA